AGGCGGCAGAGGCGGCUGACAGGCCGCUCUCCCUUCUCCCUCCGCCGGGGCGUCAGGCUUGGGGCCUCCUCUUCCGGGAUGCGGCAGCGGCCCCGGGCAGCCGUGGCGUCGGCCCGGGCAUGAGCGACGUGGUGGAGCGGACGCUAAGCGCCUUGCCCGGCUUGUUGGGGCAGCACGAGCCGGGGGCUGGGCUGGGCGGCGGCGGCGGCGGGGGACCCGGCCGGAGCUCGGCCACCUCUCGCCUCGGCGGCCUCAUCCGGAGCAUCAGCGCGCUCGCCUCCAAACAUGAGGAAGAAAAACUAAUCCAACAGGAAUUAAAUAAUUUAAAAGCAACAGUUUCUGCACCCACUACUACACUGAGGUUGAUGAAGGAAUGCAUGGUGAGGCUGAUCUAUUGUGAGAUGCUGGGCUAUGAGGCCUCUUUCGGAUACAUCCAUGCCAUCAAGUUGGCACAGCAAGGAAACCUUUUUGAGAAAAGAGUCGGUUACCUGGCAGUUUCUCUAUUUCUUCAUGAAAACCACGAGCUGCUGCUUCUGCUUGUGAAUACAGUUGUGAAGGAUUUGCAGAGUACUAACCUCCUGGAAGUGUGUAUGGCUCUGACUGUGGCAAGCCAAAUCUUUCCGAGGGAAAUGAUUCCAGCUGUCCUUCCACUAAUAGAAGAUAAGCUUCAGCAUUCAAAGGAAAUUAUCAGAAGAAAAGCAGUCCAAGCUUUGUACAAGUUCUACCUUAUUGCUCCCAACCAAGUCCAGCACAUCCACGACAAGUUCCGGAAGGCACUUUGCGACAGGGAUGUGGGAGUUAUGGCUGCUUCGUUGCACAUCUAUCUCCAAAUGGUGAAGGAAAACUCCGCUGGAUACAAAGACUUGACAGGCAGCUUUGUCGCUAUUCUAAAGCAGGUGGUGGGAGGAAAACUCCCUGUAGACUUCAAUUAUCACAGCGUGCCAGCACCUUGGUUACAAAUCCAGCUUCUCAGAAUAUUGGGGCUGCUUGGAAAGGAUGAUCCAAGGACCAGCGAAUUAAUGUAUGAUGUUCUGGAUGAAUCUUUAAGGAGAGCGGAGAUAAACCAUAACAUUACAUAUGCAAUCUUGUUUGAAUGUGUCCAGACAAUUUACACAAUUUACCCUAAAUCUGAUCUACUUGAGAAGGCCGCCAAAUGCAUUGGAAAAUUUGUCCUGUCGCCUAAAAUUAAUUUGAAAUAUUUGGGAUUAAAGGCCCUAACAUAUGUUGUCCAGCAGGAUCCUGCCCUAGCACUGCAGCACCAAAUGACAAUAAUUGAGUGCUUGGAUCAUCCUGAUCCCAUUAUUAAAAGAGAGACAUUGGAACUACUGUAUAGAAUCACCAACGGGCAGAAUGUCACUGUCAUAGUACAGAAGAUGCUUGACUACCUAACUCAAAGUAAGGAGGAGUAUACCAUCAUCAACAUAGUUGGCAAAAUAGCAGAAUUAGCUGAAAAAUAUGCUCCUGACAAUGAAUGGUUCAUCCAGACGAUGAAUGCAGUAUUUUCCGUAGGAGGAGAUAAAAUGCACCCUGACAUCCCAAACAGCUUCUUGCAGCUCCUUGCUGAAGGUUUUGAAGAUACAAAGGAAGAUAGCCAGCUGCGACUUCAUGCUGUCCAGUCCUAUCUUGCGCUGCUAGAGGAUGAGAAUGCGGUUUAUCCACAGAAAUUCCUUCAAGUCAUGAGUUGGGUGUUGGGGGAAUAUGCGUACCUAAUGAGGAACGUGGAUCCAGAAGUUGUCUUGGCGAGUUUGCAUAGGAUACUUAGGAACAACGCCACUCCUGAAACCAAAGCCUGGAUUGUGGCUGCAGCCACUAAAAUAGCUUCUCAUACCACCUGCUCAAAAACAGUUGAAAAACUUAUCAUGGAAUUCAGUACUUCCUUGGAUACCUGCAUGAGGCAGUAUGCCUUUGAAUUAAAGCAUAUAUAUGAAAACAAAGAAUUGAUGAAGCAACUGUUCCCCGUUGAUGCUAGUUGCAAGGACUUGGUGGUAGAUGCUUCCUUAUCUUUCUUAGAUGGAUUUGUAGCAGAAGGACUGGAUCGUGGUGCAGCGCCAUAUAAACCUCAUCACCAAAGACAAGAGGAGAAGCUGUCUCAGGAAAAAGCUCUGAAUUUUGAACCUUAUGGGCUAUCACUUUCCCAGAGCUUCUCAGCAUCUGGUUUUACUGGCAGACAAUCUCCAACUGGACUUUCUCUGGGAUCUGACAUCUCUGUUAAUAGUGCUGAGACUGGACAGAAGGAGGCCAACAGUCUGAAGCUAGAUGGUGUGAAGAAACUAUGGGGGAAAGAAGGCUACCUCCCCAAGAAGGAAAGCCAAGCAGAAAAAGAAGACAACGCCAAGUCUGUUCCGGAAGGCAGUGCGUUUGCAGAGCAUAUUGUUGGCAACUUUCCAUUCCAGCCUCAGCAAGAAAUUACUAGUCCCUUGGAGGGAGAGGAAGAGAAGCGUCAACUGGCAUCAACACUCUUUGUUGGCUUAGGGUCUCAAAGCAACAUCAGUCUGAUGGGCAAGCGAGACUCCACUGCUCAGAAGCUCCGAAGGAAAUCAAAAACAAGCAAAACCCAAAAUAGUGAGGAAUCACCCAGUAUCGAAAGUGUUGCUGACCCUUCCCUCUGCCCUUUUCCUGAUGUGAUAUCCAGGAACAAGGACCUCUUCCAAAACAAUGGACACCUAAGAUUAAGGAAAUCUUCCCUGAGUUCCGCUGGAACUUCUGAAUCAAAGGUGGUACUUGAUAGGUCUCAUUCUCUGCCAGAAGCUGAACUGAAUGAGAAGCUUUUGGGUCACAGACUUUCGUUGUCUUCUCUGUUUGCGGAUGGCAAUAUGGAAGUUUUUCAGCCUUCUCCAAGUGCUCAGGCUACGGCCCCCCAGCAACUCUCUUUGAUGCCUUACUUACCAGAAGAAGCAGCCAAACACCCUCAUUCGGAGAUCUUAGAGCUUUGCGACAACGAAACACUGGUUUUGUCCUUUUGUAAAAUCUGGAAAGAUGACUCUCUCCUACUCUUCAUAUUUCUUGCCAACAAAAGCACUUGCGUACUUAAAGCUGUGAAUCUGGAAUUUGAGGACGCAGAACAUUUUAAGAUUUCAGAAAGCCUGGGUUGCCACUUCGCUGCAGUAGAAGCUCAGAGCAUAGAAAGCUUCCAGACGUGUGUCGAGAUGGAGGGGCUGUGCUCUUCAGAGAUGCUCUCUGGGUCCAUUAGUUACUUUCUAGAGUCUGAUGCACUCCUCAGAUUUUCUGUAACUUUAGAACUGUUGGAUUUUAUCAGGCCAAUGAAAAUGAGCACUGAUGAAUUUGGGAAACUGUGGCUCUCCAUUUCGAAUGAUGUCAAACAAAACCUAAAGAUGACAUCAUCUCAGGGAUCUUUGUCAGCCGUCCUAAGCAUUUUGCAGCAAAAGCUGAACCUACAUAUAGUUGAUAUCAUAGGUAGUGAGGGAAUAGCAUCAUGCCGACUGCUUCCAUCCGUCCCCUGUUUACUACAUUGUCGUGUCCAUGCUGGGAUGUUGUCGCUGUGGUUCAGAUCCCAUUGUUCGGCUCUUCCAGACUGUUUACUUUAUCAGUGUCAAAAGGUGAUGGAAGAAUCCUGAGCAUCGUGGAGAAAAGAAGCAAAACCCUCCUCUUCUAACCUAGUGGAAAGAAGGACGUGUGUGGUUGUGCCAGGGAGUUACCAAAAGAAAGGCAACUCUUAUCCUGCUUGUCAGGAGUGAAGUUGCGUAAGCAUGCACCCUGGAGGGAUGACGGCAAUUCUGCUAGGUGCCUGCCUCAAAUGCUCAGGGUCAGUCAGUUACUGACAAGGGACUAAGUAAAAGUAUAGGUACUUUUAUGCAAGGUGUUAUGCAAGGUAUUUAUUUUCUGUUAUGUACUUGUACAGGUCACGGCAGUUUAUUCAUAAGAUCAGCUAGUACUUGAAUUCUUUCAUUAACGUGGCUUAUGGUGUAAAGGAACUUCUUAAGCCUUGCCUACUGUUCCUGCCAUUCAUAAGGUUUUUUUGGCAUCUUUUAUACCAGUUUCGCACCAGUAUUGCAAAAGCAGACACUUAUAAGAUAAAUCUCCACAAUUGUCCCAUAGUUGUAGGCUGAGCCAUCCUAUGACUCCGCAAUAACCAGCGUGUAGAUGCCAAGCUUUGGAAGCACAAGUCAUAUCACUGCACCUCGCAACAGCGCUGGGGGCUGCUGUUUUAUGUGAUGUCAUGUCGGAUACCUGCCUUUAAUAGGAGGACUGGGUCUUAUCCUGAGGAUAGGAUACUGGUUUCUUAAGAAUGCAGCUCCAGGCUGUGAGCAGGACUAUAGUUUAGCACGACUGCAAUUAGUGCCACCUGUGUACCAAGAAUUUCAGUUUUCAGUGUUUUAAAAUCACUAGGCUCCAGAGACCUUCUCUAGAGGCUCACGCAUGAACCCAUCAGAAGUUUUGACCUGCCCUUCCUCAUACUGCAUCAGUAGCAUCCCUUAAUUGUACUGACUAUUGCCCAUGGUGAUAACAUGGCGCAUAGAUCUAACGCUUGUACUUUUGCAUUAUAAUACAAGCUGGAAUCAAAAGAACUACACAGCAUAUUCCACAUGGCCAAAGACACUGAGCUUGUGUUCCUUAAAGAGCAGCUUCUUGUGCUAUGUAACAAGCUAAUUCUGCUUUUGAAUAUCCUCCCACUUUAAGAAUAACUUGGCACAGCCACCUUUUGUAUAUUUGCAGCAGCUUUUU